UAUUUUGACAAUCUUGACGUAAUCGUUGGCUUCUUGUUCUUAGUGUUCUUGUGCGCGUUUUCUGUUUCUUGCAAUGGUAUAAUUUGGUGCAAUUGUGAAUAAGUCUUGGAUAAGUAGGUAAUAAAUGUGGACUAUUUAACAAAUAUCUGUGUACUGUACAUGCGGCCUUAAAUUGAAAAUUAGUGGCACACAUAGACCAACUUUCCAAGCUGGUCAAUAAGUUAAUGAAACUGUGAAUUUAGACCUUUUUAGUAGUUAUUCUUUACAUGCUGGAUAUGGGCAAAUCACGCUCUAGAAGUAGGACUCCUCGCAAACAUCACAAGUCAAAACACAACAAAAGAAGUAAAUCUAGGGAUAGAACGGAAAGAAGUUAUAGAAGUAAACAUCGGAACGUCGACGAAGUAAAGGAGAGAAACUCAAAAUCCAGAAAACGCUCACAUUCUGCCUCAUCGUCCUCGAGUAGCGAAGCUUCAAUCGACUUACCGAAAGAGAAGCAGCUCAAAAAACUGUCUCACAUUCGCAAAAUGGACGAGGUCGAACGUCUAGCCGAAAUGGAAAGGCAAAGGAGGCAGAGGGAGGCCGAGCAAAAGCUAGUCGAGGAAGAGACGGCGAGGCGUAUCGAGGAAUUAGUAAAUAGUAGGGUGCAAGAGGAGUUAGAGAAGCGUAAAGAUGAAAUAGAGAGGGAGGUCUCCAAGAGGGUGGAGGAAGCGAAAAAAAUCAUGGAAAAGCAAAUGAUGGAAGAGGUGGAGAGGCGGAGGCAGAAACAAGUUUAUGAAGAGAAACAAAGAGAGGAGGAGGAGCGCAGGAAAAGAGAGGAUUUAGAGAGAAUUAUGGAAGAGAAUAAUAGAAAAAUUGAAGAGGCACAAAGGAAAUUGGCGGAAGAAAGGUUAGCGAUGAUCGAGGAGCAGAGGCGAAUGGACGAAGAGAGGCAGAAAUUGCGAAAGGAGCAGGACAGAAGAAAUAAGGAAGAGCAGAAGAAAAUUUUGGGGAAGAACAACUCGAGACCGAAAUUAUCGUUCUCCUUAAAACCUGUUAUAUAGCGAGUGUGUGAGUGUGUGUGUUAGACGAAUGACAUGCGGUGUAAAAAUUAAGAACUAUUGAAAAGUGAUGAUAUUUAAUUUAAGAUAAAGUUUUAGGAUUACAUUUAACUCUUUUUUAUAUAAAUUAUGUUUUAUA